AUGCCCAAGAACCUUCGAAACUUGCGAUGGGACGAAGAUUCUCUUUCCGUCGACGCUGACCGCUGGUCACAAGUCCAAAGAGUGCACGGGGGGUUGCGUAGGUCAUUACAAUUACAGUCGCCCAACAUAUUCGGAAAGUGCCCUGGGCCCGGCAGCGGUGUCGGCUUCCCCAAUGAUGAGAAACAGGCCGGGGAUGGUCGACUUUGUCGCUGCGACUGCGAACGCGACUCUCUCGCACCCUCCCCCUUUGCAAUGAGCGGCCUCAAAGGCCCGCUCAUUGCGUCCGAGACAGCACUUGGUGGUGAAGGCCAAGUCUGUCUCCCCUUUCGCCAGUUCCAGCCCCCCUCGGGCUGGGUUUGGCUGGACCGCGUCCGUCAUUCUUGUGUCGGCGUCGAUCCAUGUUGCCGGGAGCCAUCUCCCUGCACUAUUUGCGAGGACGGCCGGGUCGGUGGUUCCGGAUGUAGUAGAGACCACCUCGCGGCUCCUCACCAGCGGCGGGAUGCGUGCGCGGGCAACGCCGCCGGGGGCGACGAGUACAACACACCGUUGCACGUGGGCGCCCUCAUCAUCAUCCUAGCCGUCUCGAGCUUGGCCUGCGCGAUCCCCAUGCUCGCCGCCAAGUUUCCCGUCCUCCGCAUCCCGGAACCCUUCUUCUUCGCCGUCCGCCACAUCGGCACCGGCGUCUUGCUGGCCACGGCCUUUGUGCACCUCCUGCCCACCGCCUUCAUCUCGCUCGGCAACCCCUGCCUCUCCAAUUUCUGGACCACCGACUACCCCGCCAUGCCGGGGGCCAUUGCACUCGUGGGCAUCUUUUUUGUGAGUAUCAUCGAGAUGAUCUUCAGCCCGGCGCGCAACUUCACGCCGCGGACGGGGCGGGCAGGGGCAGUUGGGGGUGGCGGGAGUGCUGGGGCGUCAGGGGCAGGGGCACACACCGCGCACGCCUCCAUGGGGGGUGGGCAUUGCAGCAAUGCUGCCGUUGUGGCUGCCAUCACGCGCCCCUCUGCGACUCACCACGCCAGCCUCGAGCUGGCCCCGUUGGAGGGGAGUGCCGCCGCGGGCACCUCGCCGAAUCUUAAGGAGGCUCUGGGAACUGAGUCUCAGGGGUGGAGCCUCACGCCAGAGCAGCGGCACAAGAAGGCCAUCCUGCAGUCCUACGGGUGCACAACACCAAUCGGCCAAGCCAUCGGUCUGGCCACGCAUACCCUGUACAGCCCCGACUCUGAAUUUGGCCUGAUCCUAGUCGGCACCAUGAACGCCGUCUCGUCCGGUUUGCUGGUUUUUGCUGCUUUGAUAGAGCUGCUGGCCGAAGACUUCUUGAGCGAUGAGAGCUGGUCUGUGUUGAGAGGGCGGAGGCGGGUAAUGGCAUGCCUUUUGGUCCUCUUUGGCGCGAUAUGCAUGAGCCUUGUUGGGGCGUGGGCGUAA